AUGACGGAAGAGCUCAUGCCGCUCGAGGCUCCCAGUCCGCCGCACUCGCCAUCAGGCGUGUUUCAACCAGUCUCCCCCAAUCUGGAAGCCACACGUAUCUCCAUGCAGAGCACUUUUAUGCUCACUGCCAUCCAGUCGUACCGCGAGUCCAGUGUUCCAGAUUUCGACUCCGAGGAAUUGUCGCCGCAGGACAGCAUGUCGCGGCUUGGCCUUGCGCACCUGCAAAACAUCCCUCAUGCGCACUGUGCGGGCGCCUCGACACAAGAUAUCAUUUUAAACGGAGGAGACAGGACGUCGCAAGAUACGCGGUUCCGCGAUAGCGCCGCCAUAGGAGGAGGUAGCAACAGCAGGGGCAUGCGCUCCAACGUAACCGCGGCGCGUUCAUCUUCCGACAUCUACGGGCGCCUGGUGAGACUGUCCGAUGUCCGCUUUACCGCGGACAGAGAAACAGGACGUACAGUGCAGCGGCAGCGCUCUGUACCUUUGCUGAUGGCCAUCACGGUCAAGUCGCAGCGGCAGCAACUGCCGGCACGACCUCAGCUGUCCGAAUGUACAGUGCGCAGGCUCUUCAACAAGCUCGUAGGCACAUGUGUGACCCCAAAAGUAAAGGCAAAGUUGGAUACGGACACAGCAUCGGUGUAA